CUGAUCAAGAACCAACAAAUUCCAGCUUUACUUUGCACUUCAAUUUGCGAUAACGUACACCAUCAUCGUACACCAUCAUCGUUUCGAUUUUGCGAAGCCAUUUGUCAAACCCAAAAAACUACUAUCACCAGUCACAAACUCAACAAUAUGGCUUCAACACCUUCAACACCUCCAACACCUUCAGUACCAGGUGAUUUUGACAACCUCAAUGAUACAGCCAUGUUUCAGAUUCGAUCUUCCGUGGAGUUUUAUUUCAAAUCCAUACACGAGAACAUGCCCGCAUUCUUUCUCCCGAAGGAAAUCGUGGACUCUAUGGGACCAGGAAGACUUGCAAGAGUUGCGCACAACUACGCGAAUGAGAUUCGGACCGAUGUUUCCAUUGUCUACGAUCCAGCCUUCUGCCUGUACAAGAUUGCCCCCCCGGAGUAUAUGGCAUCUAACGAGACAUUGAUAUACAUUGACACCGUCGUUUACCAACAUGGCACAAUAAUCCCACUUCGGAAAUGGGAGCUGAUGAUUCCAAACUUUUCGGAUCGGGCAUCAAACUUCGGAAAGAGAGCUCUUGUUGAAGCCGGCCCGGGAAAUAGAAAAAUCACGAAGCCACCGAACUGUUUCAUCCUCUUCCGCCGUGACAAACGCCACCUUGUCAAGGAGAGAUAUCCGGAUGCCAGUCUUGGCCAAAUCUCGUCCAUUAUAGCUCAAAUGUGGGCUGCUGCUGAAAAGAAAGUGAAGAUGCAGUAUCAAUUGGAGGCCAUGAAGCUCAAGCGCCAGCACGACAACGACCAUCCCAAUUGGAGAUGCCAGCCACGCAAAUCAAGCGACAUCAAGAGGCGUGCAGUUAAAAAACGCACUCCUGCAAGCUCUCCUAUCUUGGUCUCAAUGGCCAACUCAGCGCCUAUCUCCUCCGAGUUUUGCUCCAGUGCUAUCCUCAAACUGAUUGCGCAAAUUUGUUUCUUGUUGGAACAAUAACAACCAAAUCCUGAUACGAUGUAUUGUGGACGUUAU